AUGACUUCGGAAGGCCAUUGUGUUUUUGUGCUGGUCUACGUGGACGAUGUCUUGGUGACUGGAAGCUCGCUCGAGAUGAUUGCGCGCACCAAGAACGACCUCAAGACACGCUUCGAGAUGACGGACAGCGGCAAGUGUGCCUUUGUUCUUGGGAUCGAGUUAUUGGACGGUGAAGAUGGCAGCGUGACUAUGUGUCAGCGCCGUUAUGUCGACGAUGUCCUCAAGCGCUUUGGAAUGGAUGAGUGCAAGGCUGUGGCAAGUCCGGUGGACGUCAGCUCUCGACUGGUUCCGAGCAACUCUGCGAGCAAGGUGGAUGUCCCAUUCCGUGAAGCAGUGGGUGCUUUGAUGCAUUUGAUGACUGCAACGCGACCGGACAUCGCCUAUGCUGUAAGCUUUGUGUCACGGUUCAUGGAGAAACCCCAAGAAGAACACUGGGUUGCAGUCAAACGCAUCUUUCGCUACCUACAAGGAACCAAGAUGCAUGGAAUCUGCUACAAGCCAAGUGCGAAGAUCGACUUUCGUGGCUAUUCAGAUGCAGACUGGGCCGGUGACCUUGCUGAUCGCAAAUCGACGUCCGGCUACGUCUUCAUGCUAUUGGGUGCUCCGGUGAGUUGGGGCAGCAAGAAACAGCCAAGUGUAUCACUGUCUACAAGCGAAGCGGAGUACAUCGCGCUCAGCCUGGCGAUCCAAGAAGGCAAGUGGAUCAAUCGCUUGCUGUGCGAGAUCAUGGCGGCUGCAAACGAAGAAGGACCCGAGCUCGUCAUCCGUGAAGACAACCAGUCGUGCAUCAAGAUGACGAAGAAUCCGGUCAACCACGGCCGCGCUAAACACAUCGACAUCAAGUACCAUCACAUCCGUGAUGAAGUCAAGCGCGGCGAAGUGAAGCUUGAAUACUGCGAGACGACGUUGAUGUUGGCGGACAUCAUGACGAAGGGACUUCACGGACCGCGUCACAAGGACUUGACGGCGGCGCUUGGCAUCCGUGCGUGUUCGGAUUGA